AUGGCAGAUAUGGCCGCACUAAUUAGUCGGCGUGGUCAAUUAAAAGGUCAGCUUACCCGAUUAAAUACAUACGUUAAAGAUUUAAAUGGCGUUGAGUUAGAACAGCUAACCAUUCGGAGAGAAAAGGCUAACAUCGUAUGGAAAGAUUUCGAGGAAGUACAGACGCAAAUUGAGGAAGAGAAUGGAAUGUCAACAGAAAACGAAACAUAUAGGUCAGAGUUUGAAGAAUUAUAUUUCUUUACACAACAACGAUUGAUAGAUGAUGUUCAAAAAUUCUUUUAUUUACGUGCAUCGCUAAGUGGUGAAGCGGAGAAUUGCGUGCAGUGUAUGCAAACUACGUCCGAAAAUUAUCAUAAGACUUGGAAAAGUUUGGUUGAUCGGUAUAGCAAUAAAAGGGUAUUAAUAAAGAUACACACAAAGUCAUUAUUUAAUCUAGAACCGGUCAAAGACGAGUCAGCAGAGCGAUUAAGGAAACUACAUGGCUCGUUAUCGGGACAUUUUAAAGCACUCGAAACACUUGGUAAAAAUCCAAGGUCAUGGGGAUCAUUAAUUCUAUAUCUGAUAACUACGAAAUUAGAUCCAAUUACACUGGAAAAAUAA